AUGGCGUUCUUGGCGGUCGUCGUGACGGCUACCAAGGUCGCCGGCGUCCUCGCUAGCCUCACCGUCGCUUCGAACGCAAUCUCCUUCUGGCGUUUCCAGAGGAAGAGUCUCCGGUCAUUCGAUUCCCCUAUCGACGAGAGCUCCGAGAUUCUGGCGUCCUUUAAUGUUGACGGAGGAGAAAAUGGAUUUUUCUUUGGAUUGGCAACCGCCCCGGCUCAUGUAGAAGACAAGCUUAACGACGCAUGGCUCCAGUUUGCAGAAGAGAAUCCUUCUGGCGACUCUGUAUCACAGGGAGGCACUCAAACUGCUGAUGCUAUACUUGGUUCUGCUGCUGGUGAUGGUGGGUCUCAGCAAGCUUCAGUUUCCACAGAAGAACUAGGUGAGACUGCUAAGAAGAAGCAGGCAAAGAAGAAGAAGAAGACGCUUAAGGUAGCUAUGGAGGCUAUGAUCAGAGGUUUCGAGAAGUACACAGAUGAAGAAAAAGAAGAAGAAAAGGAAGAAGAAGUGUCUGUGCCAGAUGAAGAGUGCCACCACAAUGUAGCAGCUUGGCACAAUGUUCCCCAUCCAGAGGAGAGGCUGAGAUUUUGGUCUGAUCCUGAUACCGAACUGAAACUAGCUAAAGAUGCUGGUGUCACUGUGUUCAGAAUGGGAAUAGAUUGGACACGGAUUAUGCCUGAGGAGCCUGUCAAUGGAAUUAAGGAUGCUGUUAAUUUUGCAGCAUUGGAGAGGUAUAAGUGGAUCAUAACAAGGGUUCAUUCGUAUGGAAUGAAGGUGAUGUUGACUCUUUUCCACCAUUCGUUGCCACCUUGGGCUAGUGAGUAUGGUGGGUGGAAGCUGGAAAAGACUGUUGAUUAUUUUAUGGACUUCACCAGGGUUGUUGUUGAUGCGGUCUCAGAGCUAGUAGAUUACUGGAUCACGUUUAACGAGCCACAUGUCUUUUGUAUGCUAACCUAUUGUGCUGGUGCAUGGCCUGGUGGUCAUCCUGAUAUGCUGGAAGUCGCAACUUCUGCUUUACCAACUGGAGUUUUCAACCAGGCGAUGCACUGGAUCUCUGUUGCACACUCCAAAGCCUACGAUUAUAUCCAUGAAAACUGCAGUUCGUUGAAUCCACCAGUUGGGGUGGCACAUCAUGUGUCUUUUAUGCGACCAUAUGGUCUCUUCGAUAUUGCUGCAGUGACAUUUGCAAAUUCCCUCACUAUAUUUCCGUAUAUUGAUAGAAUAGCAGACAAACUGGAUUACAUAGGCAUCAACUACUAUGGGCAGGAAGUGGUUUCCGGUGUUGGGCUGAAGUUAGUAGAGACAGAUGAAUACAGUGAAUCAGGACGCGGGGUAUAUCCUGAUGGGUUGUUUCGUGUUCUGCUCCAGUUUCACGAGAGGUACAAACAUUUAGAGGUGCCAUUCAUUGUUACCGAGAAUGGAGUUGCUGAUCAAACUGAUAUCAUCCGUCGACCAUACUUGUUGGAGCACUUGCUGGCGGUCUAUGCAGCAAUGAUUCUGGGAAUUCCUGUGCUUGGUUAUCUGUUCUGGACCAUAUCCGACAACUGGGAGUGGGCGGAUGGAUAUGGUCCCAAGUUUGGCCUUGUAGCAGUUGAUCGUGAGAAUAAUCUUGCUCGGAUUCCUCGUCCUUCUUACCAUCUAUUUUCCCAGGUAGUGAGAUCAGGUAAGAUCACGAGGGAGGACCGCGACCAAGCUUGGGAUGAUCUUCAACAUGCUGCUAAAGAGAAGAAAACCCGACCCUUUUACCGGGCUGUCGAUAAGCAUGGUCUGAUGUACGCAGGAGGCCUUGACGAGCCAAUCCAGCGCCAGUUUAUUGACAGAGAUUGGCGGUUUGGACACUACGAGAUGGAAGGUCUGCAAGACCCUUUCAGCCGCUUAUCGAGAUGCGUUCUUCGGCCCUUCACCAGGAGAAGGACGGGAAAGAAAAAGGAAUAUGAAGCUGAGUCUGAACAUGUUCUUCAGCCUCUUAGCUCCAGUGUUUGA